GAAAUAUUAGUACUUAUAGACCAGAAGCAAAGGAAAGCAUCUCAACAAAACAAGAUGUGGUUAACAAACAAAUACAAAACAUAGUUAGAAAAACCAAAGGCAAAAUGGUUGCAAUAGAAAUUACUCCUAUACAGCCAUCUCCAAGAAAAAUUAAAAACACUAUUGGUGCCAAUUCUGAGCCCCAGA